GGUGUGCCGUAAAGAUGCAUGAACUAGUUUUUCAACAAGCCAGCUUGGACACACCAUGGCCGGCUGUGGCAGCACGAUGCCUGCUGUGUUAAUUUACCCUUAGGCUCGUGGACAGGAGAGAUGCAGAGAGAUGCGUGCGGGCAGGGGCAUGCGGUGCUGGAGACAGACAGGAGGGAGCUGGCUCCUGCAUGAACCGUGGCUUAAAGGGAGCAAGCGAGGGGCCAAGGCUGGCUGUGGUUCCCCGUGCACCUCCCCGACCACCCUCGGCAUCCUCCUGCUUUUAGUGCUGCUGGCCCUUACCCGGCAGCAGAGGCAAUGGGCUGGAGAGCAGGAGGCGUUGUAUGUGGAUGGAGCAUGCAAGCCUCACACAAAAGAGUUGACGGGGGAUUCCAUAGGUGGCUCAUUUCCAGCUUCCUCCCACCGAUGCCACCACAAGCAGAAGCACUGCCUUCCCAUCCCGCAGUGUGGAACUCUGACCAUCAGCCCUCUGCUUUUCCACCCCCACACGAAGGGAUCCCAGAUCAUCAUGGACACGACACAGAAGGCAGUGAAACGCCAGUCUAGCUUCUGCAAUGCCAUUACCUUCAGCAACAGGCCCAUCGUUAUUUAUGAACAAGUCAGGCUUAAGAUCACUAAAAAACAGUGUUGCUGGAGUGGGGCUCUUCGAAUCGGGUUUACUUCCAAGGAUCCAUCAAGGAUUAACCCUGACACCCUGCCGAAGUAUGCGUGCCCCGACUUGGUUUCCCAGAGCGGUUUCUGGGCCAAGGCUCUGCCUGAAGAGUUUGCCGAUGAGGGGAACAUCAUUGCCUUCUGGGUGGACAAGAAGGGACGGGUUUUCUACCGGGUGAACGACUCUGCCGCGAUGCUGUUCUUCAGCGGGGUGAGGACGGCAGAGCCCCUCUGGGCUUUGAUCGACGUCUACGGGCUGACCCGUGGGGUGCAGCUCCUAGACAGUGAAAUCAUUCCUCCCGACUGCCUGCGGCCCCGCUCCUUCACCGCCAUCCGCCGGCCCUCGCUGCGGCAGGAGACGGAGGACGCGCGCCUCUCGGUCAGCCUGUGCGACCUCAACCUGCAGGAGGAGAGCCUCCACGUGACGGCCACCACAUGCCCCAUCCCGCAGAACUCCCUCAACUCCCAGCACUCCCACCUCCUCCCCUCCCAGCUCGAGAGCGACCUCCGCUUCCACCACCUCCGGGGAGCCCACGUCAAAAUCCUCGAUGACCAAACCGUGGCCCGCCUGGAACACGCCCGGGAGGAGAGGACUUUGGUUUUCACCAGCAGACCCCUUCGGAUCAACGAGACCAUUUUCGUCAAGAUUAACAAGUCCAACGCCGCACGCACGGGGACGCUGUCCUACGGGGUAACGUCCUGCGACCCCAGCACCCUGCGCCCCAGCGACCUCCCCUAUAACCCCGAGUCCCUGGUCGAUCGGAAGGAGUUCUGGGCUGUCUGCCGGGUCCUGGUGCCCCUCCAGAGUGGAGACAUCUUGGGAUUUAUGGUGAAUUCGGACGGCGAGCUGCACCUGAGUCACAACGGUGCCAGCACCGGCAUGCAGGUCUGCGUGGACUCUUCCCAGCCCCUCUGGAUGUUCUUUGGUUUACACGGUGCCGUCAUGCAGAUCCGUUUGUUGGGUUCCACCAUACUAGCCGAGCGGCUGGGGCCAUCCACACCAAGCUCACCCAUGUCAACACCCAAUUCCCCGACCAUCCUCUGCAGUGGCGUCUCUGACCCCAUACUAUCGACAUGUGGCUCUGGCCUACUCUGCAGCUCUAUCAGUGGCACAGCUCCCAACUCUCCUGUCAGCUUGCCUGAGUCACCCAUCUCUCCAUCCAUCUCAGGGCCCUGGGGAGAUGAAUGCACCAUCUGCUAUGAGAACAUGGUAGACACAGUCAUUUACUCCUGUGGACACAUGUGUCUCUGCUAUUCAUGUGGGCUGAAGCUCAAGAAGAUGGCCAAUGCUUGCUGUCCCAUUUGCAGACGAGCCAUCAAAGAUAUCAUCAAAACAUACCGCAGCACUUAGAGCAGCAGCAGAUGCUGUGGUGGGAUUAGGGAGGUGGAGAGGAGGCUGUGAAGUAACGCAGGUCUCAGUCUCUAUUCAUCACCUGGGAGAGUCAAAAACCAUCACCCACCACCACCCCGAUCCUGACUUCCGUGGACAACAGAUGACACCAGCUUAGAUGCUGCUCUUCUACCCUCCAAGAAAGCCCUGGGACUGAACUCCAGUGCGUCAGAGAAGUCACAAUGGACUACUCUCUCCUACAGAUUUUAAAUUUUUAUCAACAAACAAACAAACAAAAACAAACAACAGCUGGAGCAAUCAUUCCUUUUCUACACCAUACACAGCGGAGGGGAAUCUCCAAUGUUUAGCAGGGAGAGCAAGUGGUAAAAGGUUCAGUGCUGCACCUCUCCUUCUGAAGACACAGUGUGUGCAGAGGACAUCUUAGCAGAAGAGGAGAAAUAAUCAAUGUGUUUCUGUGUACAACUAGCCUGACCAUAGGAAGCCCAUUAGAAAGAGUGGAGUAAGGCAAAUAUUGACCCAGCAAGGGAGAUGCAGUGAGCACAUUUGCAGUGGAAGGCCUGGAGCCAGUGCAGAAAAAGACCUGGAACUUUUGAAGCUAAAUUCUCCCUAAGGACAUGGGGAGGAGAACAGCACCAUGGCAGUACUUUGAGGGCUGUCCUGCUGUUCCCCAGCAGAGGUGUUCACAGUGGGUUUGGCAGCCAACACUGGCCACCCUCCCUCCCAGCAGCAUCCCGCCACCUCCCGUCGCCAUCCUGUUGCAUGACAAGCAUCUCUCACACCCCAUCACCACCGAGUUGCUGUGGCUUGUCCCAGGUGGUCUCCAUGCAGCACAAGGGAUCCCAGCAGCAUCUCUGCCCCCAUGGCCUGCAGGAGAGGGAGAUGCACCUCCCUCACCGUUCCUCCCCUACCAUCCAGACACUUCUAAGGGAGAAAAAAAAAAAAAAAAAAAAAAAAAAAAAGAAGAAAAACAAAACAAAACACAAACAAUCAAACCCAAAAACACACACAAAAAAACAAUCCCGUUGGGGAAGAAUGUAUAAACCACAUGUCUGCGGGUCUCAUUUACUGGUAACUUUAUCACUGUGCUUUAAGACAAAAACAGCCAGGUGGUACUUAGCCAGCCCUUCAACAGCCAGCCCGCCGGCAGGACAUGGCUGUCCUUAGGUGUUAGAAGGGGAAAAAGAAAAUCAUAGCUUGAGGGGUUUAGUUUGCUUUGGUUUAUUUAAACACCCCCCUGCCCCAGCUGGGAACCCUGCAGUCCCCACUGUGGGUGCCUGUAAUGGCGGCCCCCAUGGUUGCCAUGACAACCACCACACCACCAUGGCCUGGCCUAGGUCUACUGGGCCUUGGGCCCAGCCAGGGCAGCUCUGCUGUAGCUGGUGCUCCCUGUCUCCCCUCUGGCCCCAUCCUGGUGCCUCCAGGGCUGUGUGGGAGGAAGAGGUGGCACCUGGGCUCAGAGGGAUGUUGCCCACCAGGUCAGGCUGGGGAAGGGCAUGGGGUUACACCCAUCCUGCUGAGCCUUCUGGCAUGGCUACCCACAGCCCUGCGUGUAGUGGAGCAGGUGAAGGAGCAUCUGCCCGCAGGGGCUGCUCCUGAGAGCACCUGGGAAACAUGGCCUUGCUCUGUCCCCUCGAAGAAGUCAAUGAAGAUGCUGAGAGCUGGAGGGCGCAUCUUAGAGCCUUUCUCUAAAGGCACCGCCAUCACUGCAGCCUACUGCAGGGACCUGCAGCCACCCCCUGCCCGCCUGGCGGGCAGUCCGUGACUUGAACGCUGAUACCCUGGUUACAGGGAUUUACGUUAUUUCUUUGCACACUUCUCAUGUCCACCCCUAACCCAGGGGCUCAGCCCUGUGCUCUGGGCUGGCUGUCGAAAGCCCUGGAGCACCCUGGCUCCUGCGCUUGGACACCUCAGUGAGGGGUGGGAGGAAAGGGUGACAGCUUCCAUGCCAGGAGCACAGCCAGUUUGCAGGCAUGGAGCCAGCCUCCAGGACAGCACAGUGACUGGCGGGCACGGGGAGCCUGUGUCAGUAGUUACACAAACAGCAGUGCAAACAUUUCAGAGAGGGAGAACCCAAGGGGUAGAAACUUGUCUGUGGAAUAGUGGAUGUAGGGAAAUGUGCAAUAAGCAGCCUCCCAAGCCUUCACCACAUCAGUGGGACCGGUUCCCUCCUGUGCAGGGCAAGCCAAUGGGUACAUUUUAUUUUUCAAGAAACUCCAUCCAUGGGUAUCAGUGCAGUGGUGUGAAUUCCCUUUUCACCUUUUGAAUUCAGAGUGUUUUAAUAUAUAACUGUGUUUGUUUUACUGUGGACCAAACUCUAGGAGUUACCAGAAGCUGAAAGCUCCCCCAGCAUCCACGCUCAAAGAUUGGGGUUCAGUCCUGCUCCCCGCAUCAGCUGGCCUCCAGUUGUGAGCAGGUAGGAGAGCAAAGCACUCUCCAGGGAGAAAAAACAGCAAAAGCAGUAACAGUAAGAACAACAGUCCUAACCUUUUGUUUUGUUUGAAUUGUGUAGGUUCCCACGUACCUCUGUGUUCUUGUGUCAUUUGCAUUUCAUUGCUUUACUUUAAAAUGUUUUGUGUUUUGUUUAAAGAGAAGAAUAACUAAUUGUGAAAAAUUGGAUAACUGUGAUUGUGAAUAAAGUUGAUUUAGGCAUCCUGCA